GCGUCCUUACACUACUUCCACUUCUCAAGUAUCAUUUUCUACACAUAUGUGUUUUCUCCAACCGCCACUCCUGCGACAUAGUAUACUACGCAAAACCUCAAUUGCAGUCCGCUUUCCUCGAACUUCUUCUCGGAGCCUCAGCACGGGUAUCUUUACCAAAAUUGUGAAUAUGUCUCCCAUCCCCCCAACCACCAACCCCAUAAUCAUCAGCGGCCCCUCCGGCGUCGGAAAAGGCACGCUCUACUCGCGGCUCCUGGCCAACCACCCCUCGCUCUUCACCACUUCCAUCUCACACACAACGCGCGCGCCGCGUCCGGGAGAACAGAGAGAUGUGGAUUACUAUUACGUGUCGAUGGAGGAAUUCGAGGCGAUGAUUGCGGCGGGGGAUUUUGUCGAGCAUGCGAAGUUUGGAGGGAAUAGGUAUGGCACGAGUAGGAAGAUGAUUGAGCAGAAGAGGGGGGAGGGCAAGAUUGUGGUUUUGGACAUUGAGAUGGAGGGUGUAAAACAAAUUCAUUCGCUCUCCCCGCCAUUCCCAGCUCGCUACGUAUUUAUUUCUCCUCCAUCCACUGCAGAUCUCUCACCUUACCAAGUUCUCGAGAAGAGAUUGAGAGGAAGAGGAACGGAAAAGGAAGAAUCGAUUCAAAAGCGUUUGGAACAGGCAAAGCUGGAAUUGGAAUAUUCAAAGACAGAGGGGGUUCAUGACAAGAUUAUCGUGAAUGAUGAUUUGGAGGUUGCGUAUAAGGAGUUGGAGGAUUACAUUUUUGGCAAGGAGGGAAAGGCCGCAGAUGAGAAGGAGGCGGGCGUUAGUGUUCAGGACUGAGGAAGAGUGAGAGAGAGGAGAAAAUGAUAUUGUGGGGUUUAGAGGGUAGUAUGGUUCGAGCGUGUGAAGAGAGAAUUCGCAUUGCGAGAGAAGUUUCCCUCGAAUGUGCAAAUGCCACACGAGCUCGCAUAUAGAGAUUGCGUGGUUCUUUACAUGGGAUUGGGCGGACAUAGAAAAGACUUAUAUACCUAGACAAAAGAAUACAUAUAGUAUCAACCUCCAAAUUCAUAAAAUACAAAGUACA